GGUCUGAGGCCGCUCUAGGCCGACGCACUCGUCGACAUAACACGUGCAUUACUCACGAAAUAUUUUCAUAAAACCGAACCGAACGCACCCGUCGCGGCCCGCCCCGCGACCCCGCGACCCCGCGCACCCGGCAAAACCAGUUCAGUUCGUGCCCGGCUGCCGUGCGCGUCGGUCGUUUGUCGGGGAGUGACGUCAUCGCGUUGUGUUACGAAAAAACAACCUUUUGUACCAAAACCAAAAGCAGUGCUGUGGAUUCGUAUUAUUACAGUGGUCGUGUGAGAUUGUGCGUUCAUGUUGUGAUGUUGUACGAGAUGUUUUAGUGUGUACGGCGAUAUAGAGUGAUACGGGUGCCGCCUGCCGUCGCCGGACUCGUUUUCUCUCUCGAUCUCGGGAUAUCAUUAAGAUGCGUCCAAAUGAAGAUGUAGGCACGACCAUUUGACCAGCCACACACACGAUGACAGUAGAUCCUUUAGAGAAAGCCGUGUCCACAGAGAGGACCGGGCUUGAAGAUCUCAAAUCCCUCCUAGAGGACAGAGGGGGUGACAGCAACGUCACCGAAGUGACGGGCUUCAAACGCAAUGGAUUCAAAUGUGCUAGACAUAGUGUGUUUGUGAUGAACACGGGAAGGUGUUUUAGGUUAAAAACAAUGCUGUUUUUGUUAGUGAUGGUGUUGUGUGAUACAAGGCUGGGUGUGGCUGCGAGGAGUCCAGAACCUCGGUACGAGACGGCGUACGCGUGCGAAGGGAAGACGCUGAAGAUCGGCUGCGGAGAAGGCUCCGUAAUCCACCUCAUCAGGGCGAACUAUGGAAGAUUCUCCAUCACGAUAUGCAACGACCAUGGUAACACCGACUGGAGUGUCAACUGCAUGUCCACGAGGAGUUUAAGGGUUUUACACAGCAGGUGUAGCAUGCAUCAAAAUUGCAGUAUAUUGGCCAGUACGAACAUGUUUGGCGACCCUUGUCCAAACACACUUAAAUAUUUAGAAGCACAUUACCAAUGCGUACCCGCGUCAACGACGAGUACGACGAACAGGCCGUCUCCGCCUUGGCUGAUUACGUCACAGCCCACAGUUUGGAGAUCCACAUUACCACCAAUACCUAAGAGUCCAGUACAAACACAACAGAAUGAGAGGAAAAAACCUACUGUGAUCACUCCUCCUACCUUCAGGCCACAUAUAACGCUGCCUCCUGAAGUAAAGUUAGGAGAUAUUGGCACAAAGAAAACGACGACAAGACAGCCAGACUCAUCAUCCGAGAGAGAACCUCCUCCGAUCCCAAGAGAUAACGUACCUGAGGUAAAGGAGGAACCGCCGAAACCAGCUGAGGAGGAGGAGAGUGCAGUCACAGCGACGAUAGAGACGCAGCCGUGGCCCACUGAAUACGAAGACUCGGAUGCAACAGCGUCAGUCAACGCGCAUCCACCGAAGGAGAACCGACCCGCUGACACCAACUCUGAUGAUAUCUUCGAUAGGCCUAUUUCAACAAGCACAACCCCAAUCCUGGGCCGGCGAGCCUACUGCCCCCAGGUCAACGCGCGCGGCCUCCAUUGGAACUGGACAUUAGCGGACACAUACGCCGCGCAGCCAUGUCCUGGAGGAGCCACUGGAUUGGCUAGGUGGAAAUGCACCCUCACAUCACACCAGCUCCAUACAGAGGAGGAGAGGCCCCGGCGGCGCGGCACCUCCCUCCCCUCCGGCGAGAAUUACCACGACCUGGGUCUGGACCAGCCUAAUGAUAGGCAGCUGCAGCUGAUCAGGAGGUUGGGGUCCGAGGCGUUGUUGAAAGGUCGUGAUGGCGAUACUCCGGAGCGACUGAUUGACUACCGAGGUGGUGCCGACACACAAAUAGCGAGUCACAAUACUCUCAACAGCCCCGACUAUCUAUACACCGACGCAGUACCAGAAUGGCACGGGUCGACCCCAGACCUCAGCGAGUGUCGGUCAGUAUGGCUCAACAGCUUGGAAGCUCGCGUCAGGGAAGGAGAAUCAUUACUUAGCAUCAGUAAUGAUUUGGCACAGGUGACCUCCUCCAAAACCCUAUACGGCGGGGACAUGAUGACCACCACAAGUAUAAUGAAGAAGCUGGCGCAGCGCAUGUCUCAGAAUGUCCAAACGUUUCCCGACGCGAAGCAGCGAGAAGCCAUAGUUACCGAUAUGCUGCUUGGCGUUAUUAAAACUGGAUCAAAUCUUCUGGAAGAAAGUCAGCGCGCGUCCUGGGCGGACCUGAGCUUGGAGGCCCAAAACAAAGUCGCCAGCGCGUUACUCACACAACUUGAGGAAAACGCGUUCCUACUAGCCGAUGCUGUUGCCAAAGAGAAGACUAUAUUGCAAGUCGUUAAAAAUAUUUGUUUAUCAGUAAGAGUUUUGGAAGUGAAAAACGUUGAAGACGAGACAUUUCCCUCGCAAAUAGCGCAGGAGCAGUGGAAGGCGUCCGAAGACACCAUUACCAUACCCAAAGCUGCUUUACUCGAUAACCGGCAACACGAUCUAGUCAGAAUAGUUUUUUUCGCGUUCGACCGCCUCGAACAAAUCCUGCCGCCCACGUUUGGGAAAACGCCGCAGUACGCUGCCUACCAAUCGGACUCCGCUUCCACAACCAGCAUCAACUCCGAGAAGGAAAAGAAGAAUAUUACUCGGGUUUUGAAUUCUAAAGUAAUAUCAGCAAGUCUCGGCAAUGGACGUCACAUCCAACUAUCACAAAUGGUCCGACUCACCUUGAAGCAUUUGAAAAUUGAGAACGUCACCAACCCAGCCUGUGUGUUUUGGGACUAUACUUUGCAUGGCUGGUCACCAGAAGGCUGUCAAGUUGAAUGGUCGAACCUCACCCAUACUGGUUGCGCGUGCUCCCACCUCACGAACUUCGCGAUUCUGAUGGACGUCCAUGGUGUCUCGCUAUCCGCUGGUCACGAGCUGGCAUUGCAGACGAUCACGUAUAUUGGUUGCGGUGUAUCCACCGUAGCUCUAAGUGCUGCCAUUAUUCUAUUCUGCUGCUUUAAGAAUGGCAAGUCGGACCGCGCUCUAAUCCACAAGCAUCUAUGCAUAUGCCUGCUGAUUGCUGAAGUAGUGUUCCUCCUGGGAAUAGAUAAGACACAGAACAGAAUAUUCUGCGGGAUCGUCGCUGGGUUGCUACAUUAUUUCUUCUUAGCGGCUUUCGCCUGGAUGUUUUUGGAAGGUUUCCAUCUCUACUGGAUGCUGAUCGAAGUCUUCGAGCCUGAGAAGCCUCGUGCGAUUUGGUACUACGCUGGUGGGUACUUGACACCAGCACUGGUGGUGAUAGUUUCAGCAUCAUUCAACCUCACCGGAUACGGAACCCCAAACAGUUGUUGGCUUGCAACGGAGAGGCUGUUCGUGUUGAGCUUCAUCGUGCCUGUUGCGAUAGUUCUCACGGCUAAUUGGAUAGUCCUAGGCAUCGUAAUCUACAAGAUGUGCAAACACUCCACAGUCUCUCUCAAGGCUAAAGACGACGCAAAAAUGUAUAAAAUAAAGAUAUGGGUAAGCAGCGCGGCAGUGCUAGUAUUCCUGUUGGGUUUAACCUGGACCCUGGGCUUGUUGUACCUCAACGAGCAGACUGUGGGAGUCGCGUACGCGUUCACCAUCCUCAACUCCUUGCAAGGACUUGUGAUAUUCAUCUUCCUCUGUUUGCAGAAUGAUAAGUUCCGCAGCUCGUGGUCGCGCGCGUGCAGCCGCUACCCGCUGCUGUCGUGCUGCGCGGGGGGCGCGGGCGGCGCGCGCUCGGCGCCGGACUCGCUCGCGCCCGCCUCCACGCACAGCGCCUCCGACGCGCGCCACGCCUCGCUCAAGAGCCGCCGCUACCAGCCGCCCACCGACGACGCCAGGGACCCGCGGGACGUCUCGAGCUACAACAUACAACCGGAGGCGAGAUGGAACAUCCGGCCCACAGCGCCGAUAUACGUACCCACCGACGAUACAAGAUCCAUGAGAGUCCAAACCCAACAGAUACCCCACAGCUCUUCCCACACACAAAGCAUCGCGUCGAUGCAUAGCUACAGAAACAUGGAAGUGCCGAAUGACUAUCAAAAUUUGCGAUCGCGGUCGCCAUCUUGUUUCUCUAACAAGAUGGCGGCGUCGAUUGGCGCGAACGAGUGGACUUCUAACACAGUCGGCAAUGUCUGGAAGAACACUUCUUCUAAACACCACCCGGGCAACUCCACUCUCUCCCACCACGACACGCUGUCGCGUCAAAUGGCCCAGCAGAACCACAUCCACAGCCCUUACGAGUGCGAGCCGGUGCCCCCAGGCUCCCCCCGCCACGCUGUCAAGGACGAGGAGAGCCCCCUGCACCUCCAAACCCAUCAACCCCACCAGGGGUACCAGACAACCAGGAGCUACAACCACGACUUUCGGAACCCCCACGUGUAUAUGUCCCAGCAUUCCCCUGGGAGUCAGGAGAUGAUCUUCAGGAAGCAUUAUAAGGAUGACCGUCGCAAACACCACCACCACCACGGCAGCCAGAAUGUGAACCAUACUUACUCUGAAAUUGCCUCACAGCAAGGAAGGAUGUAUAGACGUGGGUCUGAACAGGAGUUCAGGAUCAUACAAGACGACCCGGUUUACGAAGAGAUAGAGAGAAACGAAACCCUCAUGUCCGACAUGUCUGAUGACAACUCAGGGCCUGAUUGCAGACAGAAUCCAGGGCAUCACGGGUCCUCCAGCUCGAAAUUCUUCGGCGACCAUCGGCCUCUGAUCUCAUACAGCCCUGGAGAGAGGCACCAUCAUGAUCAAGAGCAUUACGGGAAGUACGGGAAAUGGGACACCCUCGAGCGCUACGAUCCCAGGCACUACGAGAGUGGAAGGCUGAUGCAUCCGUACCACCAACCCCAGGAGAACAACAUGCGGGCUUUGGCGGCUGUCCUGAACGGGGAGAACAAUGUCGUGUGCCAUCUGGAACCUCACAACUCUUACGACGUUUACCAACCGCAAGGCGGAAACGCCAGGACUGUGUCUCAGCCUAGUUUCUAGAAUGUUCUAGAAGGAAUCUCAGUGAAUGUGUUAGUGAUUAUUGACAUUUUGCCUCGCGUGAGCGUCGGGCCGCAGCUGCAAUAAUUUCGGACGUAUUUAGGCGGCGCGGCGGUCCCGCGAGCAAACCGGUGAUGUACAGAGAUUAGCAAAUGAUUUUUUCUAUGGACGUAGCGUAGCGUCGUAUAGUGAACCACGUAAGUGAUAGUGUUUAGAGAAACUUGCCAUGCUGCGGACUCCAAUAUUUAUAUAAUAUAGUAAUGUAAAAGUAAAUUAAAAUCACUUUUUCCACUGUGAUCCUACUUAAUGUAAAGCUCAAUAUUCAAUGACGCAUGAAUAUUUUUGUUCUAAAUGAAAUGGACAUUUUGAAAUCUUAUUUUGUAUAUACGAGUAGCGUUUAGUGCUAGACUCUUAGUACUUCCAGUGUGACCUUACUACUAUAUCUUUUUUUAUAUCAUACGUUUUAAUAUGCAUUUGUUAUUGUAGAUACAAAAAACUGUGAUCCUUGUCAUUAUGUCGCCGAGUUUUUUCAUUGUCGACUAGAUUGUAAAGUAAUGAGAUAUUUUUUAAAUCUGAUGGAUUAUUGAAUUGGCACCAUGACGGUAUUUGAUCGUCAUUAGACAUAAUUUUUACGAUAAAUAUUCUGAAGGCAGAUUACCUGGCCUAUAGGAAGCAGAAGAUAAUGUAAUAGUUUGAUAAUGAUUAGCGUCUGCUGUCAGGUUUCGAUGUUGCUUUCAUGAAUUAAUCACUGCCGAUUAAGCUAUUUAUUGCAAUAUUUUACAGCUAUGAGUUAUCUACAUAUAAUUUACUGCGUUUUUCGAAUAAAUCCAUCCAACUUUAUAUAGACUGACACCGUUUGGUAUUGUGCACUUUCUGUAAUUAGACAUUAGUGUUAAAUACUGAAUAAAAAUAACAUACAAAUGUUUCAACUCGUAAAAAAUUACUUAAUUUAAAAAAAAAAUGUAUAAACAGUUAAUUUAAACAACAGUAGAUUAAGGAAUUGUUUGUGUAGAUUCGACAGUAACAAUAAUGAAUUCUAGUAUUCUAUUAUUAAGCAAUACGUCAGACUGGGGUGUUUGGUAAAUUGUCGGCCAUUUUGUACUAUUUAGCGUUAAUUUAUAUAUGCGUUAUGGCGGCCGGAAUUUAUAAAAUACCCGCAUUAUGUUAAAUAUUGUAUGUGGGGAACGAUUAUUUUUUCAAAUUUGGUGUACUAGUCUAAAACUCCCUCUGUUUAAUAUAAUUGUACAUUGUGUCCGAUUUUCUGUUGUAAUACUAUUUUUGUUUUGAUUGUAUUUUAAAAACGUUGAUGAAUAUAAAUGUAAAGUAGGCGGAACGAAAUGUGUAAAUAAAUUUAAAGUUUAUAUAAAUAAACAGAUGCUGUUCUGUGAGAAUGGCACGAAGUA